GCUGUCCGUAUGGCACAGAGCUGUGCAGCCACCGUACGUCGCGGCUCAGCCUGGGGAAGGGGCAAAACCAGCCCAAGAGGAGGAGCACGGCUUCGAAACGCUCACAGCAGUGUGCUCUCCAGGUCAGUGCUUGUUCAGUUGUUCAUUACUGGGGCAUUUCUGAACUGCAGCCCAAUCGCGUGGGGAACCCCCCAGUGAACUCCUUGUCCCAGCAGCAUCUCUCAGCCCCACCCUGUGGCUCCCUAUAUCUGUGCUGGGGGCCAGGUGGAACCACUCAGCCCUGCUCCCUUCUCCUGCAUCCCCUCAGCUCUCCUCCACCCGUGUGGAGGUGGUGAGUGCAGGAUGCUGGGGCACCGGUCAGGGCACUGUCUCCCUGACCAAGAUGGAACUUUGUGGGUGAUUUAUACAGCACGGGUUCAGUGACAGGUACUGGAUCCCAGCCAGGAAACAACCUGAGGCUGCAUUGCAGAGAGCAUCACUGGCUCUGCUCUGAACAGAAGUAGCCAUACUGUGGGCGUUGGGGCUUUUCCAGGUGAUGGCAUCUCAGGGGCUGCUCUGCUCCAUUGCCUUGCAGCAGGUGGGCUCCAGCAACUGCCCAAAUUACAGCUUCCUCCCAACUUAACCAUUUCCCCUGGUGAUCCAGCUCCUUUUUGGGCAGGCUCGAUGGCAGCAGCAUCGUACCCUCUGCUCUUGCAAACUAAUUGCAUUUCCCUGCCUCCUGUGAGGCUCAGAGCGUGGGUAGCAGCCACCAGGUUAAAUAUUCCCCUGGAACGUUUGGAUUUUUUCUGCUUUAAGGCUGAUUGUGUAUUUGGAUGAUCCGUUGUGAAGCAGCCUUCUCCUUGAGAGCGACUUCGGUGCAUCUCGGCUGAGCCACCUCGCUGUGCCCCCCACCAACCCACCCCGCCGCCGCUGGGAAGCGCAGUCACUGCAGCACUGCUCUGCAGCCACAGGAAAUUAAAAACCGAACACGUGGGGCUGGGAGAGCAGAGCAUGAAGGAUGCCAGCAGCGCGCUCCUUGCUGGGGAUUGCUGCUUGGGUCCCGACAGCCCCAGGGGCUGCUCAGGAACAGGGUCAGCCCGUUAUCCCUUCCUUUCCCCAAAGUGGGAGCUUAGCUCCAUUAAACCGCAGGACGCACGCGGGGUGCAGCAGGGAGGUGGCCUCCCACCCCAGCACGAGGGCUCCUCCUUGUCCCUGCCUCCUCCCUGAGCCUACAACGUAGAAUUUUGAAAGCUCUGAGCUUUCUGCAGCUCCUGGUAGGUGUGCGCACAUCCUCCGUCUUUUUCAGCCUCAGGUUAAUGAGCUAAUUGCCAAUUAACUGAAGCUAAUGAGAUCCUAGGUUCGGUUUUUCACAACUGUUUACGCCAAGCAACAAGUAUUUGUGGCUUAAGCAAAGCUGCACCUCAGGAUAAGCCAAACACAUGUGUCCUGGAAGAAGAGCUCGCGGAGCGGCCAGGCUAGCAGGCACAGCGAUGCUGACAAAUGGAAAUAAAUCGGCAAUUGUUCAUUCCCUUUCUCUUCUCCCCCAAGAAAAAAAAAAAAAAAAAGGCAGAAAGCAAACAUGGAUGUGAGUUCUCCCGCUGACAUCAAAAGCCGUGUUUAUGUAAGCGCUGCUCGUGCCGAAGAUCUGUUGCAGAGUUGGACCCUUUGGUGAGGAGCUGACAACUCGCUUGCAGACGGACUUUGGAGGCAGGCCAGGCACGGCUGCCAGCGCUGCUCUGCGAGAGCCCGGCUGCAGGACACGGGGCUGCAGCGGUGCAAGGGGAAGCUCCGUGCCGUGACGGUGCUCCUCGCUGAGCUGGCAGCACGUCGGUCUGCACCAGCCCUGCUUCGGGCUCUGGCAGAUGUGGUGGCACUGGAGAAGUGCUCACGCUUCUGUUUGCUGACAGGCUGUAGGGUUUGGGUUGCUUUCAGCUGAGAUAUGCCCGUGGCCAGAGGAGGCAGAGCCUGUGGGAGGGCUGUCAGUGCCUCUGGGGUCUGUCCCCCGGUGUAGGGCUGCGUUAGAAGCAGUUUUGCCAAUAAUUCCCAUAAAUCUUUAGCCAAACCCGGCAUUGUUUGCCUAAACUGCUCAGCAACACAAACUCAAUUAAUUACAAAUCGUCAGCAUCUGUUGUAGCGCAGAAUUGUUGUUUAUCCUGGUUUCCUCGGCUGGAGGUGACCUCACAGAGUGGGGACGUCAAGCAGCAGACUCCAGCACCUGCUGUGCCAUGGGGUGACAUGGAGCAUCCGGGCUUUUCCCAGGGAGGACGAGCCACCUCCAGUUUUCUUACAAAAUCCUUCUAUUCUCUGUAUGACACAGCUAAAAGAUGCACUCACAUCUUCCAUUUCAGGUACACAUGGAGCAGGCUCCUUGUAGGCUGGAGUUAACGUGCGUGUGAUGAUCGGGUUCAUCCUCCAGACGUUGUUUCUGUGGGAGCUGCUGGUCCAGAGCCUGGGCCCUCCUGGCUGGAGGAGGACCUGGACCAGGAUUUUCCCUUUGCAAAGUUUCUAAAGAAGUCUUUAAGCUGGGUUCAGUUGCACCCGCCCACCGUGUCCACAGGUGAAAUGAAUGGGCAUGGGCACCCCAGCCCCUCCUGCAGCUCUGGGUGCAGCUGGGCCCAUUGGUGCCAUGUGUUCUCACCUCACCUUGUUGCUCAGCUUGUUUCUGGCAGAAGGGACCCCAAGGUCUGUGCCUCCCUGCACUAUCUGCUGGACAACACCAAGUCCAAAAGGCUCGUGGUGCUCAUCAUCUCCACCAACGCCAUCCUCCUGGCUGUGGAGACCAACUACUUCUACCAGCUGAAGCUGAGCGCCCAUUCCAUGGUGAGGCACGGUGGCACACCACGAGGGGACGGAUGCAGCCCCAUUCCUCCCCAGGACGGUGGCACAUCCACAGUGGUGGCCAUGUGCCACCAACUGGGCCCAGUCCCAGUGACCACCCAGCGGUGCCACAUCCAAAGCUUGUGGAAACCCAGGGCCUCACUAUGAUGGGACUGUGCCAGGGAAUGCAUUUCAGGGGCAAGCUUCAAACCUCUUCGCUAAUUCGAUAAUGAUUAUUCUUGAAAUGCAAUUGUUCAGUCCUCCCCAUGGUAGCCCUUCCCCCUCCAUCGCGGGUUUGGCACAGUCGGUUUGAAGCACCCUUUUAAUACUCAGUUUUCACACUGAAAAUCCCUCUUGGUCACACACCCUGAUUUCCUUGUCUCACACGAGCCAGCUACUGUAUGCAAACCUCUGCGCCUUAAUUAUAUAUCCCUGUAAUAUAUAGCCAGGCCUGGCUAACAUCAGGAAACCCCGUCAAGAGCUGCGGAGGUUUCUGAGAGCUCGAGCAGCUGUGGGAGCACAGGGCACGUCCCCAGGGCAGGGGCUGAGGGGGACCCGUGGGGACGUGGCCAGGACCCUCUUGUGGAGUGAACUCGGCCGGGUUUGAAGAGGUCCCUGGGGGCAGAAGCGGGUUGUUGGUGAUAUUUAAUGUGAAACCAGGAGCUCCUCUCUGCAGCUGGCUGAUACGUUCUUCCUCGCUGUUUCUACCACUGAGGACUUGAGGGAACUGUGCAUGGACCCCAUCAGCUACAGGAGGAGCGGCCAUGGCAUCUUGGGCACCUCCACCCUCAUCAUUGCCUUCUACCUGUACAUCCACACCAUGGUCUCUGCCAUGGGCUCCGACCUGGAGGAGGUGACCAAGGCUCUCCAGAGCGUCCGCAUCUUCAAGGUCCUCAAGUACAGUGAGGGGAUGAAGUCUUCCAUCAAAUCCCUCAUCUGGAUGCUACACAGAGUGAUGUAUGCUUUAUUCCUGCUGUUCUUUCUGAUGCCUGUGUUUGCCAUUCUGGGACACAGUUUGUAUGGAGACCAUGAAUCCAGAGACGCUACAGACUGGUUCCAGUUUACCUCUGCCACCUUCUCCGUCUUCAAUUUAAUGACCGUUGAUGGCUGGAUGCAGCUACGGGAGGAGAUGGAUGGUUACAGGCUUAAGCACUGCCUCUUGUUCAACGUCACCAUCAUCUUUCUGGGCUACUUCAUCUUCUUCGGGCUUCACUCAGGAGGACGAGAGCUGCUGCAGAGCGGCGCGGGCGGCCGCUGUCUGAGCCAGAAAACAAGAGGUCCUGAAAGAGCAGAGGAAGGACAGGAGCAAAGACACAGGCCAGCAGAAAAUCCCUCAGUCUGAAGAAUUCUGUGAGCUGGUAGAAGACGUCUUAAAGAAGACAUGCUUCUCUGAUAUCACCAUUACUGAGGAAUUUGGUUUCAGCACCCACUUUGCCGGCCUGUACAUGACAGCCCUGAACAUACAGGAUCACGAAAUGAAGAGGUCAGUAACGAUGGAGCCGCCGAGUAUGAGAGCCACAAAAACAAUGCCCUAUUGAGGCGCUGAGUUGUAUCUUUGGAAGAGAUUUUGAGGCUGUUGUCCCCAGGGAAAACACUGCAUGAGCAGUGCUGAGAGCCCGCGAAGGUCCCAUGGUGCAGCACGCGCUGGAGAUGGGGUUUGUCCAUCAGAAGGGCUGACAUCACCUCCCAGUGCCUGCAGAGCUGUGUCAGGGAGGGGCUGGGGAUGUAAGUGGGCAGUACUUGGGUCCAUCACCAGUGUGCUGCUGGCAAAGUCCCUGAUCCUCACUGCUCAGCUUCAGGAGGUGAGAGGGAAGCAGCUGUAGCCAGGGCUGGCUGGGGCUUGGCCUCAGCAAUGGACUUCUUUGGAUCCCAUUGAGGGAAACGACUCACCCCGAGCAGUUAGCUUAAACCAUGUAACCAGAAAAGCCUCCCACAAAUCCCCCAAAUGGAGACGGCUGGAUUUUACAUGUCUUAGGUUAACCUUAAUGCAAUGCAAGCCUAUGAUCACAGCUUGCUACCUAUUGUUUAAAAACGCCGCGGUCUGGCCUGGAGUCCUGCAGCCUUUUCGUGGCAAGGACUGGUCUGGAAGAGAGCAAAGCUGCCUCCGUGCUGCUUCCCUGUGCUCACAGAGCUGCCCCUGCCAAAAUUCCCUUUUGCCCCAUUCCCCUCUCGACUCAGGUUCUGGUGGGGAGCUUUUGUACAUUUUCUCCCCCAUGAACUUCUCAAGAUGUCAUGCUGUGCACAUGCAUGUGUUGCUGACCCAGUCCCAGGCUGCACUUCUGCUGUUUCCAUCUGAUCUGUGGGAGGAAAUAGAAGGGUGCAAGAGAAAGUCUGCAGAGCAAAGGGGCUGACACAGAAUAUGUGGGAUCUUGUUAUUGCUCCUCACAGUGGGUUUCAGGAGGAUGCUGUUCUCUCUCUGCCGUAUCCUCUGGCAUUUUGCGUGAUGUUUGGAAGAGAUCCAGCUGCUAUCAGGGUGUUUUUGUCACGCCCUUCUCUCACUGCAGGUUACAUCUCCUCUAUCAUGAACUUAUUGAUGUAUUGAGAAGGAUAAGAGAAGAACUGGAUGAGCUGGAGAAAGAAAGUGAAGAUUUCUGCUAGGGAGCACAUGAAGCUCGGUGUGUCCCCCCCUAGAGCCUUCCCUCCGAGCGUUCCUUUAAAUCACAUCCAUGGUUCAAAUGAUUCAGAGGAGAUCCUCUUUCCCUGGGCUGCUCUGAGUCAGAGGGGGCUGAGCUGUGCUAUGGCAGCGGAUUGCAAUGGCUCUGAGCAAAGCGGCUCCUUUCUGUGCCCGAUGGCAACCGGUGUCCUCGAGGAACCCACGCAGCUGUUUCAGUGCACACCCACCCACUCGGUAAUCAGAGAGGGAAGGAGACCUCUGUGUAGCACGGGGUGUACGGGUCGUGGUACAGCUCCUUGGCACCUGCCCGGGUGUGAUGACUCUGACUGUGGGGCUUGACUCCAAAGGUGGCAAAGAGGGAGGCACCAUGCCCUGCAGCCUGGAUCAGCAGUGGGGUUGGGCUUGCACGGCUCUGCUUGGCCAAGGCACCGCCCCUGGUAGCACGGUGCUGGGAGCAUGGAGCUGCAAUGGGAGCUCCUCGUAAAAGGGCUAGAGAGAAACCCCUGACACCAGAUCCUCCUCAAUUUGUUUUUCAUGUUCUCGUUUGUAAUAAUUUUGUGUUUUAUGAGAGAUACUUCCUAAAACUUCCCCAACAUGAUGGAAACACAUGUGGUGCUGUAAUACACGAUGUGGCCAUUUUGGGGGAGAGACUAGAUCAAAACCUGCUUCCCUCUGA